AUGAUAACUCAAAUCGAUUCUGAGGAUACCUUGUCGAUCUCAAAGAUAGCCGAGACGGAAAAAAGUGCGUCCGCCGCCGAAAAGAGGCCCACAGAGGCUGCUUCUUCUAAAUCCACCCGGUCAAAGAAGCCGAGGUUAGAGUCUGCUACAACCUCUAGGUCCCUGAAAUCAGAUGCCCCCAGGGCCCCUCCAAUCACCAUUGAGGACAAGCCAAUCAGAGUCGGCGAUAGCGCGACUGACAUUAAAGUCGGUGUUACCCUCUCUACUGCCUUGCUCCUUCCAAAAGACCUCGAACGUAAUGCCAAGGUUAGCGAAUAUGAAAACUUCGCUCUGAUGUUGCAGCACUCCGUACAAGCUUUUGACAUCAAGAAGGAGUUGGUCAACAAGACCAAGGAGGCUGCUGGCUUGCUGAAGACCGCUAAUGCAGCCAGGAAAGCUCAAGACGAGGCUGAGGAGAAGGCAGACGCUGCUGAAGCCGUUGCUAAGGUCCUUGAAGUCGAGAAGAAAGAGGCCGAAGUAAAGACCGCCGAAGCCCAAGCCAAGCUCAUUGUUUCCUUGGCCACAAAAGACGCCGAGAUCAAGGCGGCAGACGAGAAAGCAUACGCCGAGGGGGCAGCCGACGUUCGCGAGUACUACAAGAAGCAAGUGAAGCAGGAGUUGGCUGUCCCCGAGGAUUCGCGUCUUCGAGAAGAUAGCCACAUUGUCCUGCCAUUCCCACCCACUCCAAGCCAAUCCGAGGACGAAGCUGAGUCCGAAGAGGAGGCCGAGGCCAAAGAGAUCGAGGAGACCAAAGCUGCUGGGGCCAAGUCCCCAACUCUGAAUGAGCAAGUUUAA